UCAGAAGAGUGAAUGGUUUCAACGCGGCUGGACGCUGCAGGAACUUAUUGCUCCGCCAAACUUGAUUUUUCUUUCCAGAGACUGGACUGAUAUAGGAGAUAAAAAUGACCUGAGCCAACUGAUAUCCGAAAUUACACUGAUAGAUGAGGUUGUUCUGCGAGGAAAGACCCGACUUGGCGAUUGCAGCAUCGCGAAGAGGAUGUCGUGGGCUUCCACGAGGGUAACAACUAGAACUGAAGAUACUGCGUAUUGUCUCAUGGGUAUCUUUAAUGUGAAUAUGCCCUUACUCUAUGGAGAAGGCAGGAAGGCUUUUAUCAGACUGCAGGAGGAGAUCAUGAAAGAAUCUGAUGAUCAGAGUCUUUUUGCCUGGGACGCCUCUGACUUUCAAGGCUUCAAUGCCACCGGAUUGCUUGCACUAACACCAGCCUUUUUCAAGAACUCUAGGAAUAUCGUUCCCGUCCGAUCUCUGAAAAAUAGUUCCCCUUACUCGGUGACUAACAAGGGAAUUCGAUUGCAGUUACCCCUCGUUGGUAUCAAAGGUGGUGUAGUCGGGAGGAGCUUUGGACUUGAAGUGAUCACCCAAAGAAAGGCGCUCCUUUUGGAAUGUCAGGAGGUGUCAGCCGAUCAUCCUGCUAAACCUGUCGCUGUAGUGCUGGGCCAACUAGCUAAGAGUGACUCCCAAUUUAUUCGAAUCAGCCCCAGCCUGCACAGACACCUGGCAUGGGCUCAUCUCCGGUUUGUAGAGCCUUCCAAGAUUUAUGCAAGAAAGAUCUACGGGGGCUUCGAGGAGGCUGUUAUAGAGUCCGCCAGGAAGUUUGCCGAUCCAGGCAUGAGCUUUGCCCAACCUCAACGUAAUAUGAUCCUAUUUUUUGAUGGUGGAUAUUCUAGCAAGGGGACCAAAUCCGCAAUUCGAGUGAUACACGAUAUAAUCAGCGAUGCAGGCAAUUCGCAGGUUUGCUACUACGACCAACCUACUUCGGAUGACAGCGUUGAAAGGCGUGUAAUGCGCGCGUACAAGUGGUGCUUGGACAACUAUGUUCGUAGGAGCAAAUGGUACAUUUUUGGCUUUUCAGGAGGUGGUUUCGUGGCGCAGGUACUGGCUCAGAUUCUGGAAUUCAUAGGGCUGUACACACCACAUCUUCGCGUUCAGCAUGACAUAUGGGGUUCUUACCAGGCCUGGUAUCGCGCAGUGUCGCGCGGCAACCCCAAUUCAGCGAGAGGCGAAUUUUCUCAGAUGAGUUCAAUAUGGAGCUGGAACCUUGAAUGCACAGUUACCUUCUUGGGUCUGUUUGACUCGGUUAAUAUAGCACCUGGCUGUAAUGCGGCAAGGGGGACGAGUGGUCGUCGGAAAGAUGAAAACCUACCAUCGGUUGUUACACACCCAGGUCUUGUAGUCCGCCACGCUGUGGCCAUCGACGAACAAGACCCCACAUUACGACCGAAUCUAGGCAACGAAUCAGCGGAGUGUAUGCAUGACUUUCAAGAGCUUUGGUUUCCGGGUGGACAUGCGGAUAUUGGCGGAGUAACUGAUCCAAACCCCAAUGAGAAUUGGAAACUAGGCCAUAUACCUCUGGUCUGGAUGAUCCGUGAAGCCACUAGAGCUGGCUUAGGCAUCAAUCCAUAUAAGCUACGGCAAUACUGUGGCCUUGAGGAGUUGAAGCCGGCACAACCUCCUUCGAAUGACGAAGACGUUCUAGAAAGCAUCUUUUCCAGCGACCAAAUGAGGGAUGGACUAUAUCGUGCAGCCAAACUAGGUCAUAUGCACAAUUACUGGGAGUUCAGCGGUCAAUCGACACCGCGGUCAAUACUCACGACAAGCGUGCUAGAGGACAUUCCUCCCUUCGACAUAAGAAUAAAGAUCUUUUGUGCAAGGAUAACCAUUCUAAAGGAGCAAUUCUUCGCGAACAGAUUAUGGGGCAGCACAAAGAAUCCUUUAUAUAAUCCAGGCCUUGUUUUACAAGAAUCAAAGCCAAGCUCACACCUUGGUCAGGAUUGGGUUGAAGAAUUUCUUUACUUCCAAAUGCGGUACUCGUUCCCAAAGAGACCUAUUCCCGACAAACUUCGGCGUAUUAUUCCGAAUGGUGCCGCGUAUCACGUCUCUGUCAUUCAUAGGAUGUGUUCCAAGGAUAAAACGUAUCGACCGGCCAACCCAAUUGAUGUUUUUGUUAUAAUUAAUCACCCAUUUCUCCAUGGGGGAUGGCAAAUAAAACAGCAAGCAGACUUUAUAGGAGAGUAUCGCAUACUUGGGGGGUCAUACUAUAAUGGUUAAGAGCAUGUUUUGUAUACAAGGAAGCUCUGUACACGUAUGAGGUGGUUUAAAAUGACACACUUAAACCUCACCAUCU